CUUUAUGACAAUGCCGUUGAUCCCCAUGCUAGGAAUCUUGUUUUUAGCCAGCUGGUUUCCAACCGACGUGUACUCUGAGAAGGUACUUGACGUGUUAGAGGGCUUCAAGGUGGUCCUCAGUCCAGGUGUUAUAGAAACGGCGAUCUCCAGCAUUACAUGGAAACAUGGACCUGAUUUAGCUGCAGAAUGGUUUGGAGGGAUUGCAACUUUCUAUCCUAGGUUUAACGGUCGCUGCAGCUUAAACACUAGAACAGGAGAAAUGAUGAUAAAUGAUUUGAGACUGGAGGACGAAGGCUCGUACACUCCAGAGAUUAACAACAACGUCCGAGCUGCUGUAACACUCCGAGUUUUCUCUCCAGCUCCAGUCCCCAAACCCAACAUUACUCAUGACUGUAAAUCAAAGCAAACCAAAUGUACUCUCACCUGUACGUUUGACAGAACGGAGGAUAUGGGAGGUGUUGAGGUUUUCUGGAUUCGUGAUAACAGGCGUGGAAAAGGAGGCGGGGCUCUAGAAAUCACAGAGGAGACGAAGGAGAAAACGUUCAUCUGCAGUCUGGAAAAUUCUGUCAGCUCUGAGAACAGCACCGAGCUGCAGAAUCCUCUCCUGACCGAUGAUGAAUCUGGAGGAACACAUAUUGCUGUUGGGAUUGUUCUGGGCCUUUUUGCUGUUCUUUUUGCUCCAGCUAUUGUCUUCUGCAUUUUUUGCAGCAUAUGUAAGAAAAACUCCAGAGUUUUUAUUUCUGGUCAGUUGAAAGAGCAAUUCUGUCUUCACAAUCUCAGCAUCAUGAAUCUUGAAUUCAAGGAAUUCAGGAAUUUUAAGUCUUUACUCAAAAGGGUGUUUUACCCACCGACAGGCCCGCUUACCUCGGCGCCCAGGACCAACGGCCGCGGGGAUCCUCCAGACUCCUUCGUCGUUGGAACCUCCAUGGUCUGCCAUGUCCGCGUUAACAGGAGCCGAACCUUCUGUCACCCAGGCACCCUCGUCCAUGACAUCACCACCUCUGCCCACCAACUCGUCCUUCACAACCCUUCCAUUCACACAAUAAUAGUCCAUGCAGAUGUGAACGACCUCAAGCUCCAGCAGUCUGAGACCCUCAAGAGGGACUUCAUCACCCUCAUCCACACCAUCCAACAGCAAAACAAGCAGUGCAUCAUCUCCGGUCAGCUUCCAUCUACCCACUUUGGAGACAUUAAAUUCAGCCGUCUGCAACAACUCCACAUCUGGCUUAAAAGAAACUGCACCACUAACAAUAUUCCAUAUGUUGAUAAUUUCACCACCUUGUACAACAGAUCAUAUCUCUUCAGACCAGACGGCAUCCAUCCAAACAGAACCGGAUUUCAUCUGCUUUGUAUGAAAAUUGAACUUACACUCCGCUCCACCAAACUGUUCAACAAAUGA